GCGAGCCGCGGCGGCAUGUGGAGGCCGGGGGCGGCCGGCGCCCUCCGCGCCGCGCGGCGGGCGGGAGCGGCGAGGGGAGGCGGCGGCGCGGAGGGCGCCCUGCUGGCCGGGGCAGCCGCCGCCGGGCGCGGCCGCACGGAAUUUCAAUAUGCUUCAGAGGUGAAGAGCAAGACUGUCCAGUUCAUUAAUUUAAGAAAUGCAGGAACUUUGAAUGACCCAAGCUCUUUAGAUGAGACCACUUACGAAAAACUGGCUGAAGAAACACUGGACUCUUUAGCAGAUUUCUUUGAGGACCUUACAGAUAAGCCUUUUACCCCAGAAGAUUAUGAUGUCUCUUUAGGGAGUGGAGUUUUAACAGUUAAAUUAGGUGGAGACAUGGGAACGUAUGUAAUCAAUAAGCAAACACCAAACCGGCAGAUUUGGCUGUCCUCACCCACUAGUGGGCCUAAGCGCUAUGACUGGACUGGACGGAACUGGGUGUACUCUCAUGACAGAGUAUCCCUUCAUGAACUACUAUCAAAAGAAUUUUCAACAGCAUUAAAAACUAAAUUGGAUUUGUCCUCCUUAAUAUAUUCUGGAAAAGAAGAUACAUGAUUCUAUUAAUGGAAGUUUGAAGACUUUAACCACAAGCCAAACCCUUCCUUGGUUUCUGGAGUACCUGAUCAUAAUUCUGUUGCUGUUCUUGACAUCACUAUGUUGUGCAACAAAAAAGAAAACAAUAUAUUUUUCUUUAGUGCUCA